UCACCAGACUGGGCCUCAGCAACACCUGGCAGGGGACAGCUAGUUUACAAAUAUUUCCAAGCAAGGAGCUGCUCCUGUCUCUGUGUGUGGGCCUUCGUGCUCCCCCCUCGCAUGGCCCCUUCCCCGCCUGCCUGUCCCCCAUUGUUUGCUUCUCUUGCCUCUCGGGGAAGCUGUGCAGCUGCUCCUUUGGGGACCAAAGGGCACACCUGCCUUUGUCUCUCUGGCUCCUUCUACCCUCCUGCAGGAUCCCAAGGGAAGGGUGUGACCGAUUGGAGAGACAGGGAUGCCAAGGAGAUAAGCCAACAACUACACACCCGGCUUAGUAAAGGCACACACUGGGCGAGCAUCCUCCCCGGCUUUUCCUGCAAAGAAGGCAGGUGGGGACAAAGAAGCAGCAGCAUCACCUUCGCCACAUCAACGAUCACCCAUGUCUGAUUCGGAGGGCUCUCUACAAGAAGUCAGGAUGGAGGAUGAUGGGAGCAUGGCUUCUCUGGAAGUUAAGCUGGAGAGUGAGACCAAUCAGGAGCCAAUUGUGAGAUCCUGUGAAACAACCAAGCUCGACAUGGAAAAAGAAACAUUUGUAAAUCAGAGGAGACCAAAAGGGCAGAAAGGAAAUUGGUCAAGCGAUGGGAAGAACUUUGCUUCUCGGGGUGCUUAUCCCCCUGAACUUCUGAACUCGCGGUCAAAACAAUGGCAGUGUUCUGUCUGUUGGAGAAUAUGCAGAGAUAAAUGGGAAUUCACUACACAUUACAGAAUCCACACAGGGGAGAAGCCAUUCAGGUGCAUGGAGUGUGGAAAGGCCUUCAGUCAGAGUGGCCAGCUUUCUUCACACCAGAGAAUACACACAGGGGAGAAACCAUAUAAAUGCGUGGAGUGUGGCAAGAGCUUCUCUCAUAGCAGUGUUUUGCGUUCACAUCAAAGAACUCACACGGGGGAGAAACCAUAUGUUUGCGUGGAGUGUGGUAAGAGCUUCAGUCAGAGUUCAAACUUACGGUCCCAUAUAAAAACUCAUACAGAGGAGAAACCAUAUAAAUGCAUGUAUUGUGGAAAGAACUUCAACCAGAGUUCGCAUCUUCAUUCGCAUGAGAUAACCCACACAAACGAAAAACCAAAAAAAUGCUUAGAAUGUGGAAAGAGUUUCUCUCAUAGCCAGUCGUUACGGUCACAUGUGAAAACCCACACAGGGGAGAAACCAUAUAGUUGUAUGGAGUGUGGUAAGAGCUUCAGCUGGAGCGGACAUCUGCUUUCACAUCAACGAAUCCACACUGGGGAGAAACCAUAUCAGUGUAUGGAGUGUGGGAAGAGUUUCAGUCAGAGUGGCAAUCUGCGUUCACACCAAAGGACCCACACAGGAGAGAAACCAUACAAAUGCAUAGAAUGUGGAAAGAGCUUCUGUCAGAGCGCACAUCUGCACACCCACCAAAAAACUCACACAGGAGAGAAAUCAUAUAAAUGUACUGAAUGUGGAAAGAGCUUCAGGGAGAGUGGGCAUCUCAAUUUACACCUAAGAACCCACACAGGGGAAAAAGCCUAUCAGUGCAUGGAAUGUGGGAAAAGAUUCAGUCAGAGUUCACAUCGACGUACUCAUCAGAAAACCCAUAUGAGGGACAAACCAAGAACAUGCCUGUCGUCUUCAUGUUUAUGAGUUACUAUUAUUAUUAUUUAUACCCCGCUUUUAUCUCUCCCGAAGGAGACAUCAAAGAAUUCACACAGAGAACAACUACAGUAGAAUCUUGCUUAUCCGA